CCUCCAUCAUCAGCUCUUCCCUCUUCGACCAAAUGCUGAAGCAUCGGAACCCCUUUUACAAGUACGACGCUUUCAUAGCCGCCGCGAACUCCUUCAGCGGGUUCGGGACGACCGGUGAUGCCACCACUCGUGCGAGGGAAAUCGCUGCCUUCUUAGCACAAACCUCCCACGAAACAACUGGUGGGUGGGCAACGGCACCUGACGGUCCAUAUGCUUGGGGCUACUAUUAUGUCACGGAACAAUCCGACACAUCGGAUCACUGCCAAUGGAGGCCGGAGUGGCCAUGCGCUCCCGGCAAGAAGUACUAUGGCCGAGGACCCAUGCAGAUCUCCUUCAACUACAACUACGGACCGGCGGGGCAAGCCAUCGGCGUCGACCUGCUCAACAACCCGGACCUGGUCGCCACCGACCCGGUCGUCUCGUUCAAGACGGCCUUGUGGUUCUGGAUGACGCCGCAGUCGCCGAAGCCGUCGUGCCACGACGUGAUCACCGGGCGGUGGACCCCGUCGACCGCCGAUCAGUCCGCAGGGAGGUUGCCGGGAUACGGUGUCGUCACCAACAUCAUUAACGGAGGGUUGGAGUGCGGGAUAGGGCCCGAUGCCCGGGUUGCGGACCGGAUCGGAUUCUACAAGACGUACUGUGACCUCCUGGGAGUGAGCUAUGGAGACAACUUGGACUGCUACGGUCAGAGGCCUUUUGGAUUUGCCUCCUUAUCCGAGAGUCGAGAAGGCUAAAUGUGUGUCGGCUUCAGCAGCAUGAUGGAUGUACUAAAUAAAGCAGCCGCCUCUCUUAUCGCCACAAUGUGUGGCAGCCCAGGAUAAAUUACCUGUGCCUGUUGUCACUCGACAAUGUUCUCGAGUUCUUAAUUCCCGCUAUCCUGUAAUAAUAAUCUUGUUUUCCGCGGGACAAAAUUUAGUGUGUCG